AUGACCCUUAUACAGGAGAAAAAGGCCAAGGGGAUGCCCCCUCAAAAAAUCGACCACUUCACUGGCAUCGUUCACCAUGAUACUUAUCCGGAAAUCGAUCCCGUCACUAAAUCCGAUUGCACGGGAAAGGCGGUGCUCAUAACCGGCGCAAGCAAGGGCAUCGGGUCCCACAUUGCCAUCGGCUAUGCUCAAGCCGGUGCAUCUCACAUCGCCCUAGCCGCGCGGUCAUCCGCUUCAGCGACGGCAACUGCGGUGCUAGAAGCAGCUAAAGCAGCUGGCAGAGCCGAACCCACCGUGCUAAUCCUGGAGAUGGACGUCUGCGACAAGGCCAGUAUCCAGGUCGCUGCUAAGAAGAUAGAAGAGGCGUGGGGUCGCCUGGAUAUCCUCGUCAACAACGCCGGAUACAUGGCGGAGUUUGCAUCCCUACUAGACGUGGAUGACGAGGAAUACAUGCGCGCCUGGGAUGUGAACUACUGGGGUGUCUUCCGGACGACGAAGGCUUUUUUGCCGCUCAUGCUUAAAGGCGGCGACAAGACGGUUGUUAACCUGUCGAGCGUGGCGGCACACUUUGCUGGCGUCGGGGGAGGGGCGUACCAUGUUUCCAAGUUUGCGCUGGCGCGAUUCACCGAGUUUGUUCAAGAGGAAUACGCGAGCCAGGUGAGCGAAUCGCCCCCCUCCCUCCAUCAAUGUAUUGUGUUUUGUGAGUCAUUCACCGAGCCUGAGGACUGA